AACAGAUGAUUGUCAUUGUACUGACAUUUCAAAACAAAAAAAAAGUGUUUUAGUGAAAAUUCCUGAAAUUUAGUGAAAAUCCCUGUGUUUCCUGUGCAUUUUACCAAUGUGUUCUGUGUAAUUGUGACUGAGACAUUAAGAUGUCGUGUGAGAUAAAGCCUCUUGCAAGGAUAAUAGACUAUGAACAAGUUCAAGAGUUGCUUGGACUUGGCUCAGAGGAUUCCUGGCUUAAUGCUGUGCAUUUGUCAUUCUCCCCUACCGGGGAGAUGCUGGUAUUUGGUCAUGGUUCCAAGCUCAUCUUCUUAACAUCGAGAUGGGACAACGACUUAGGGCAGAAUUCUUAUUCAAUCUCAUGGACGGGAGAAUUGGAUAAUCCCAACGAUAUUGUCACAUCUGUCCUUUGUCUUCCGGUCAUGGCGCUGAGUACAUCAUCCCAAAGCUCAGCUGAUUGGACACUGAUCUGCGUGGGUUUAUCGUCCGGAUUUGUGCAGUUCUACCUCGACUUUGGAGCAGUUCUCUACUCGCAGCAGUUUCAUACCGAACCCAUUCAGGCCAUCAAGGCUCAGAGUGGCAAGAGAUCCAACGAAGAAAUCCACAUAUUCUACACAUCCUGUGUAUGUAUCGUUCAGGGUGUUCACCUGUUUCAGGUCCUGCGAACUCUGCGUCAGCAGCACUUCAAGAAUCACACCAAUUCCACUGAUCAGCUCCUUGAAAGUAUUCCUUAUAGAAAAUGGGGAUACGGUGGCAAGUGUGCUGCAAUUAAUGAUGCUGUGGUCGUGGGAAGUCAAAUGACUUGUGCUUUUGAUCAUCUUAUGAACACAUGCCUGGAGGGUGGAUACUAUGCCAAGUACCGAAGUACUCCGUCACAGAAUUCGCUGGUCCUGACCACCGGAACUAAUCCCUAUGUAACGUUCCAUUACGCCAAGGAGGGCUUUGUGCAACCCGUUUUGGCGGAUGUUGCUCGAGCUGUAGCCAGUAAAAUAAAGUCCGCUCUGCCGGGCUGGCUCACUGGGAAGCAACCCAGUCUAUCUGAAAGCCAGACCCCACCUCCUGUGCCCUCUGAAACCAUGUUCUGUCGCUUUGGUUUAUGUGAUUUGCAGCGAAAUGCUACGGCAAUUUGGCUGGCCCCAGGUAAUCAAUUAGCAGCCGUUGCAGACAUUCUUGGUAGAAUCGUAAUCGUUGACUGCCUAAGAGGUUUGGCCCUGAGGAUAUUCAAGGGAUACCGGGAAGCUCAAUGCAGCUUUAUUGAGGUUGUUGAAAAAGUACCCAAAAGUUCUGCUCCAAAUCCUGUCAAAUCACGUCGGGCGAUCUUUCUUGUAAUCUUGGCACCUCGGCGAGGAGUUCUGGAGAUCUGGCCUCUGCAGAAAGGUCCCAAAGUGGCGGCAUUUGUGGCGUCCAAGCACAGUCAACUAUUGUACACACCUCAUGGACUUAUGGGAUUCACCACAGGCGCUAGACCAAAGUAUACUAGCCAAACGUGUCUUUUCCUUGAUCCGAUCGAUCACUCUGUUAAAGAAAUCACCAUUCCCUUCCAUUGUGCGCUUACGGACUCCAAUUCCAAAUGUGCUAAGGACCUGCACUUGCUGAAGCGACUCAAAAUGACUUUGAGGUCUGGAGAUCUUUCAGAACAUUUCUUCAGCGACAUAUCUACAAUUUGUCAAACCAUCCAAACCGUCGAAUUUCAACUUCAGAGUCUCUAUAUGGUGAUCAAUUCGAAGAAGCUUACACCAAGCAUUCUUCAAUUAGCUGUAACUGCUUUCCUAAAGUCCCACGAAAACCAGGAAGAAGCAGGUGCAACCAAUAGAAUUGAAGGUGAUCUAAGUGUCAAUUCCAGUCAUCAUCUGAUGAUAAUGUGCAAGAACUACCAAAAACUACUUGACUUCUAUGCCUACCUCCAUGAUCCUGAGGGUUUCACGUCCGAAGAUAAGAAUGAAGACGCUAACAGAGCUCCCAAUGAUGUUGAAAAGAUCUCUCUAAGUGCUGCAGAACUAGAUACAAUUCAGAAACUUCUGGAUCUUGCUACAAUAAGUACCAACUGUGAACUAUCUACUCCUAGAGUUAAGUUCAGUGAAAAAGACAUAUCUAAGAAUGCCUUUGCGAACUUUCUCUCUGUACUAAAUGUCUCUACUGCUGAUGGAAUCGGAAUUCGUCAGGAUAAAGAAGAAAACUUCCACGAAGCUGGUGAAGCUAUCUUCUCGAGCUUUCUGGAUAGAGGAGUAUCCUUGAGGCAGUUUGCUGAAGUAGCUGGUAAAAGCUCAGUAGUUUGUGAUGAUCUUCUUAAACUGCUUCUGGCUUACUGGCUGCAUAAGGACUUCAAAUACAGCCGAAGCGAUGAAUUGUUUGAAGAUCUAACGCGUUUCUCUAGCAUUAUUCGACAAAUAUGCAAGCUAGCAGAAGACAGAGUCAAUUACCACUAUAAUUCCUUAUGUGUCUGGUGGCAGAACGUCAGAGAGGUUUUACUGGAGAGUCCUAAUGCAAUGAGGGGUCUUCUGGCAGCAAUUAUUUGUCGCAAUGUUGCGUUACAGGUUAAUAGUGACAGUCCUUCAGAUGAAGAGAACUGGGAGAAAGUGUCCCAGGAAGCUUGCCAAUGGAUGCUACUAAUCGGAAAACUCGAUGAUAUCUCCAUUUUAGGCACAAUCCUCCAGACUCCUAUUAAAUGUGAGAGUCCCGUCCUACCCCUUAUUAAGUAUGAAAACCCUCAUGUAAGCCUCAAACUAAUCGUUAACGGAGGCAAAGGGGUCGUUGUGGAGUUAGUUGCUAAAUGGAUUGCAGCUUCUGGUAUUGAUGUUAAGUUGCUAGUCGAAGAGGAAACAGGAGAUGCAGGUGAAGCUAAAAAAUCCUUUUACAGCGAACAUACUCCCAAAUCUGAAGAUUUAAUGAAAGACGAAGUUAAGCCGAUGGAUACUUCUGAGAAUAAAGAGCCACUGCUGACCCAUUUAGCUACACUUAGAGAGCAUUUUCCGUUCAGCCUUCAGUCAUCCGUACUGCUGGCGCAGAUGGCAUGGGAGUAUAUGUGCUUUUGGAGCAAAAAUCUUCCUGCUUUGAAUUACUUAGUUGCAGGAUUAGAGUGCCUGAAGAGCAUUAGUCAGAAGGAUUGGGCAAUAAAACAUGGUUUGUGUGUGAUGAUAUGGAAUGCGCAUUUGAAGAUCCCUCUGGAGGCCAUAAAGAAGCUGAUAAAUAAGGUGGGGAGACUACCGAAAGAGAAACUCUGCCUUCAGAGCAUUGGCAUGUCAGAUACUAUUGUACCAGAAUUCCUCGAGCACUGUUCUACAUUUCUCGAUCAUUUUGCUGAGAGCGUGGAAAAUGACAAGGUUGACCUAAAAUAUGAGGAACUACUCCAAGAAGGACCAAUCCCCCUCACACUAUUGGCUCUACAGCAAAAUGUUGCUAACAUCAUCCUCAUCAAUCUUCAUCGAGAACUCAAUGAAGUUAUGCAUUUGAUAGCGUUCUUCAACAUUAAGUAUUCCAAACCUGUUCAGACCCUUUUCGAUGCCAUGUGCAAUGCUGCUUUCUUCAAAGAAAUCAAUCGUGAACUGAAUGCACCACUGCCACCUACAAAUCCAAUUCAACAGGAAACGAGAUUUGAAUUCCUGUCCCGGAUUGUAACGGCUUCCGUUGAUCUUAUAAGAGUUGACGCUACGGAGAUUUACCUCGUUGAACACAUAGCUUGGGUGACCAAAACGGAAAACCUGGCUACGAAGUGGCAAGUUGAUAAGAAUAAACUGAAGAAGCAUCAAAUUGUGGAACUUUAUGCUAGUGGAUGGGAUUCAUAUGCUGAGGAACUUAUUGAAGGAGUGACAGAAACGCAGGAUUUGGGAAUACUUCUGUUGGAGAUUGCAGGAAGGCGUCUUCUGCUGUUCCCCAAAGUGUCUCCAAUCAACAAACAAGGAGCUUUUGGCACUCAACUUGCAGAUUAUUUAGAUUCUUUGUACAUUAAACACACGUGGCCACAAGUACGACAGAAUCCCGAUGAUAUAUCAUUUGAGAGACUAAUUGAGCUCUGCACUAAAGUGUUCAAUUGCCUGUGCCAGAAGGAUUCCAGAGAGUUGCGAAUUGCUGGAGAGCUCUUUGAUGCCUGCAUGACGAUUCGCGAGAAUGGAAUGAUUGAGAGUAGUUAAUUAUUCCAACUUUAGGUGAUGUAUUCCUGCAAAUUGGUGCUCUUAUUAGAUGUUUCACAGCCAAAAUGGAGAGACGAUGAAAAUGUUAUGUAGAUUCAGUAUGAUGCACAUUAAAUUGACUCACGAUGAUGUUUAA